GCCAGCAUUUUCACCAAGCGACGGUGCGGCUGGCGCGAUAGUUGUGUGGAUCCGGCACCGGCGGCUCGCUCGGGCCGAGACGGCCUGGCGGAUGCUCCUGUGCAGAGCGAGCUCGAGAGUCGGGACGGUGUCUCCGGCUCCGCGUCGGCAGCGUCCCAGCCGUGCGUCCAGCAUCGUCGCCAGCAUGGAGGCGCUCCGGACGGCGGCGGCGGUGUUGGCGGCCGCGUGUCUGCUGGCAGCCCUCUUCCUUGGCACGCCCAGCCUCGCCUGCAACGAGGCCGUGUGCGCCAGCAUCGCCUCCAAGUGUAUGCUGACCGGCAGCUGCAAGUGCGACAUGACAAACCUCACCAACUGCACCUGCUGCAAGGAAUGCGCUCAAUGCCUGGACGAGCUGUACGAAGAGUGCUGCUAUUGCUUCAAGAUGUGCCCGAAGCCGGAGCGAAGCUGGACAGACCUGGCCAUGCACUCGGAGGUGGAGGAGUUCGCUGAGCCCGAAAUCAGCCUCUUCCGCCUGCUGACCGAGACGCCCGACCAGAACCAGCGCUGGGUCAGCUACACCUUCCCCGUCGACCACCAAAUCACCAGCUUCAAGCACAGCAGCACCAAGUACAAGAUCAAGAUCGUGUCCGUGGACGACAGCCAGGAGACGGACGUCAGCGACCAAGUGACACUCAACUGCACCGUGGCGUACAUGUCCCAGUGCCGCUCCUGGGGCAAGUGCUCCAGCUCCUGCAGCUCCAUGGGCGCCAGCGGCUUCCGCUGGUUCCACAACGGCUGCUGCGAAUGCGUUGGCAGCACCUGCAUCAACUUCGGCAUCAACGAGAGCAGGUGCCCUAACUGCGCCGCCGAGGAGGACGAGGACGACAACGCCGUGUCGGACGAGGAGCUGGACGACGCGCUCAUUGCCAGCAUGUGGGCGGAGCCGCGCUCUGCGCAUGCGUCGACGGAGCAGCCGGCAGAUACCGUCGUGAUUUGAGCCGGCUCAUGAGGGAGGGCUGUUCGCUGGUCGCGGUCGGGCCCGGGGACGGCGGCCAAACCCGCCGGACCUUCUGGUCACAGCAGCGCGGGGUAUGGACUCGCCGGGCGGUGGACCCAGGCCGCUUCUGCACGCUACGCUGCACGGGGCAGCUCUGUGUAGUAUUUUCAUUGUAUAAUACAUGCAUCAUCACCCCACAUGCGACCGGGCUCCGUCUGCGGCUGGUACGCGAAAUACGUGGUGCUGGGGCUGCGCUUGCUGCUGCGGUGACUGGAUCAUUGGCUUCGCCGAAGCUGGCAUGACGACGCAAUCAAAAGAGCUCUGCCUCUCGAAGCACCAGAGCUACGGGGCUCAUCGCUGCCAUACCACUGUCCUGCAGUGCGUCCCUUCACUAUGCAGAUCAACGUUCCGAUAACGCGGAGGCAGUCAUGCGACCAGUUUGUGGCCGCAGUUUCAGUAUUCAAAUAUAUUCAGUCCGAGAUGGAUUUCAUGAUUCGCCAACCAGUACAGCACGCUUGACAUGUCCUUAGAAGCACUUACUUCACUCAGCUGAUCAUGCCAUGCAUACCUGCGGAAGCAAAACGCGGGGACACGAUAAGCACACCUGCUCUUGCACGGUCACCUCCGUUCACGCAGCAGAAAGCUGAGGCGAGUCAUACUACCGUGUCAACCGCUGCCCCUGAACGUCGCUGGAUGGGCCCACAGGCCGGCUGAACGCGCUCACCAGGAUCCGCGUGCGAGUUUUAUCGCUGCCCUCAUUGGGCACAUCAGAUUACUUACUCAGCUGCUGAGACUAUGUGGCGUCACCUGCCCCUCACCCUGGCAGGAAUACCGGGCGUCGCGGGGAAUCAAGCCCCGUACUUCUGAUUCCCCAGACGCGCAGCUUAACCAUUUCACCACCGGUUCCCUGCGGAUUUUCUCUGUCGUUUCGUUUACGUUGUGGCAUGAUAAGCUACGCCCAGGUGUGAUUCAUUCGAAUUAACUUAGGCAUUGGGAGCUACAUUGUUAUCGACCAAAUAGCGGUCCUCCCCUCUGAGUGUCAUGAAGAUGACUGCAUUAUACUCUUUUUAAGCUUACUACUGUGAUAUUCACGUCCGUCCCGAUAGCUCAGUUGGUUAGAGCACCGGUGUUUUGAUUCAUCCACCUAUGGCAGGAUGGGUUCAAGACGCUUUAGGCACUCCCUAUUUGCCCCUGACUGAGAUGGCCUGCGGA